AAGUUUUGAUGUGACGGAAAAGUUGAAAGAUCGAAGAAAAGGUUUGGAAGCCUCAAUAUCAGUAGGACACGCACGGAUGAUUCAAUUCACGGGGGAGUAGCAUUGGCAUUGGCAUUGGCACCGUGCGUGCUGCCAUGUGUUGCCUCGGCUCUGCACAAGAGCACAGGUGCCACCACCACGAGUUUCUCAAUCCAGUUGGAUUCAUUGGAUGCACCCACCAUCAACAGAUGACCAGACACACACAAGUUACAAGUACACAACGCAAGCAAGCAAGGUCAUCCUCCUCCUCGGCUUCUCCGUUGCUCUCCCUCAGAAUCACUUAUUACUUGUUCAUGGUCAUGGGUGCUACAGGGAAUUGAAUUUCAGAUCAUAAGAUUUAACCAAUAUUGCUGACAAGAUGCUCAAGGGACCUGUGGACCAUCGGAGCCAUCCCAUCAGUGCAACUCCAUUUGAGGUGUUUUAUGAUGGAUCAUGGCAUGGGGUAAAUUGUAUAAGGAUAAGGAACGGCAACCUGUUUGUUAAAUUUAUCUACUCUGGAUCAACAGUCGAGCAUAAUGUUGAUGGGGAUUGUCUACGCUUACGGUCGAGAAGGGCGACUUGUUCUGAUUGUUCAAAUGUUCUCAAGCCAGGUGUUGAUGUCUGUGUGCAGUCAUCUCAUACACCCGAAGCAAGUUCACAAGGAGGAACAAACGCUUCUGUGUUACUGCGUCAUGAUGCAAGGCUUAUCACAAUCAAGAAGAAUCAUCAAGAAGAUAAGUGUCUCUGCUUGUUUGUUGUUAUACUCUACAAGAACCAGUGUCCUGGCAAUGCAGAAAAAGUGAUAACUGAUAGAAGAGCAGAGGUAGUAACCAUAAACGAUAUUUUCCUCCUGCAAAAGCUUCAACCUGAGGUCCAUGAAGGAAGCAUGAAAUGGAGUUUUUCAAAGGAUCGCCUCUCUCUUAAUAAAGGCAGGCUAAUAAGUGCUAGAUUCUCCUCAGAAAUUACACAUCUGAUAGUCUUGUCGAUCUUGAGGGGAAUGGAAUUCAACAUCAAAUUGGUAGAAGGCCAGAUCGUUUAUCAAAUAAUCAAAGGAGAUCAAGCACAAUGGAAUCUUGAUUCCAUGGCCAUCCCUCCAGGCUUCGGGAAUACAAUGGAGAUAAUAUCAUUCCAAUUGCGUGAUGAGGCCUUGCGCCCAACAAUCACAAAUAUCCCUAUCACUCAUGUGAAAAAGAACAAUAUCACAGAAGACAUGAGAUUCACUGUGAAGAGUGAAAUGGAUAGUGAACUGGAUAGGGCAUUAGAUGUUGAGAUCUUGUAUGAGCAUGUGGAUCUGAGGCGUUCAAAGCGCUUGAAGACUCAGCCAGAUCGCUUUACAAGUUACGAUACACCUAGGUUCCUUAGUGGCUACAAGAAGAAAGAAGCAAGUUCAUCACCCACCAAGCAUGUAAGGGGAGCUGUGCAUUGUGAUUCACCGGUAGACGAUUCCAAAAAAGAAGUAGAAUCAUGCUGUGUAGAGAUUCCAGGGAAUGUUACACAGAAGCAAACAGGUGUACACUCUCCCAUGGUCGAUGAAAAGUCAAACUCUCCAGAAGGACAGCAUAAGAACACAACUAAGAGAACUACAUGCUCUCUUGUGAAGGAAAAAGCAAGCUCUCCAGAAGGACAGCAUGAGAAAACAACAAAGAGAACUACAUGCGCUUUGCCUGUGAAGGAAAAAGCAAGCUCUCCAGAAGGACAGCAUAAGAACACAAUAAAGAGAACUACGUGCUCUUUGCCUGUGAAGGAAGAGCCAAGCUCAGUGGAAAUAGAGGAGAAAAGCUCAAAAGAGCAAAGUGCACCGGAGUUUCACAUUCCACGGACACCUGCACAGAAUAAAGAGAAGCAUAAUCGUCCUCCUUUCUCAUGUAAGCCGAAGCUAUUUACUUCAUCAGGCACCCUUGGUGUUAACUGUGAACCAGCAUUCUGCCAAAAGGUGGGCGGGAAAAGAAAGAGGCACAUGUGCGAGAGAGAAUACAAACAAAUGAUUGACCAAUGCAUAGGAAACAUUGAGAGUGAAAUGGAGAGGGACUCUAUGUUUAACUUCGAUGCCAAUAUGAUGAAUUACGUUCAGCAUUCUUAUCGAGAAGAGGAUUUUACAUGGCCACCUUCUGCUGAUAACCAAGAGGUGGAGGAGGAUGAGCUUGAAGAACUGUGGAAAGAAAUGGAUUAUUCACUGACGACAUUAGCACUUCUUGAGCAAAAGCAGGUGAUGGCUCAAAGUAGGAUAAACAUGCUGGUGGAUAAUUUUGAUGGGUUGAGGCUGGAUUGUUUAACUUUGACGGAUGAUUACAGAUGCUAUUAUCAAAAAAAAGAAAAGUUUGCAGAGUCAGGAUCAGUUAAUGAGAGCACCGAUUAUUUUGGAAAAGUUGGAGGAAUACCAUGCCAUCAUGAAUGCAUACUGGAUGAGGAGCUUGGACUAGCAUGCAGAUUAUGCAAUGUUGUAUGCACUGAGGCAAAGGAUAUAUUUCCAGAAAUGUUCAAUGGAAAUGACUACAAGGACAGACCUGGAUGCAGCAAUAUUUGCCUUGAUGAUGAUAUACUUGAUCCUUCUCUUCUUGCAAACUUGGCACCAGAGUUGUCAGAAUUGAAGAACUCAGGGAGCGUGUGGAGUGCAAUAUCUGAUCUUGAUCCAAAGCUGCUUCCUCACCAGAGAAAAGCACUAGAUUUUCUGUGGAAAAAUUUGGCGGGGUCGAUACAGGUUGAAGGAAUGGAUAACUCAAAUGUCAGUACAGGUGGCUGUGUGAUAGCACACACUCCUGGAUCUGGGAAAACACUGCUGCUUAUCUCAUUUCUGGUGAGUUACAUGAAAGCUCACCCAAGAAGCCGGCCAUUGGUCCUUACUCCAAAAGCUGCAAUUCAUACAUGGAAGAGAGAAUUUGAGAAAUGGGGCAUUUCACUUCCUUUACAUGUGUUCCACCAUGCUAACAGAAGUGGCAAGCCGUUGGGGGCAAUGGAUUCUAAACUGCGGUCGUUAUUAAAUAAUUUUCACAGACCAACCUGGACAAAUAUGCGCCUUAUGGAUUCUUUGGACAAACUAUUCAAGUGGCAUGCACAUCCAAGCGUCCUCCUCAUGACAUACUCAUCUUUCUUAGGGAUGACGAAACAAGACUCAAAAGUGCGAAACCGAUACCGAGAAUUUAUCGCAGAGGUCCUGAUGAACAACCCUGGACUCUUGAUUCUUGACGAGGGGCACAACCCAAGAAGCAACAAGUCCAAGUUGAGGAAGCUGCUGAUGAAGGUGAAGACUGAGUUCAGAAUCCUCUUAUCUGGCACGGCCUUCCAGAACAACUUUGAAGAGUACUUCAACACCCUAUGUUUGGCCAGACCUCGGUUUAUCGGUGAUAUCAUGAGUGAACUAGUGCCAGAGAGGAAAAGAGAAACAGUUGGCAGGAGAGCCAAACAUCAAGAAGCAGUGGCACGCCGCGCCUUUGUGGAGAAAGUGGGCCAGAAGAUUGAGUCUGACAACAAACAUAUCAGAAGUGAUGGUAUCAGUUUGCUAAACAAGCUUACUCGUGGAUUCAUAGAUUCAUUCGAGGGAGCGAAGCUGAUCAACCUUCCAGGGAUACAUGUGUAUACCGUGUUCAUGAAGCCCACGGACAUUCAGGAGGAGAUGCUGGCAAAGGUAACAAUGCCCAAGCUCGGGUCGUCCCGGUUCCCUCUAGAGGUUGAGCUGCUCAUCACGAUUGGCUCCAUCCAUCCUUGGCUCAUAAAAACGACGAAGGCCGUCAGCACCUUCUUCAGUCCAGCCGAAGUGAAGAAGGUUGAGAGGUACAAGCGAGACUUCGCGGCGGGGUGCAAGGCCAAAUUUGUGAUCGAUCUGCUGCACAAGUCGUCGUUCAGAGGGGAGAGGGUGCUGAUAUUCUGCCACAACGUGUCCCCGAUCACGUUCCUGGUGAAGCUGAUAGAGAUGGUGUUUGGGUGGCGGCUCGGGGAGGAGGUGCUGGUGCUUCAGGGUGAUCAGGAGCUGCCUGUCCGGUCCGAUGUGAUGGACAAGUUCAACGGCGACAGCGCGGGGAAGAGGAAGGUGCUGAUCGCGUCGACAACGGCAUGCGCGGAGGGGAUCAGCUUGACAGGCGCGUCGAGGCUGGUGAUGCUGGACUCGGAGUGGAACCACUCCAAGACGAGGCAGGCGAUCGCGCGGGCGUUCCGGCGUGGGCAGGAGAGGACGGUGUACGUCUACCUCCUGGUGGCAUCUGGGACAUGGGAGGAGGAGAAGUACAACAGCAACAGGAGGAAAGCUUGGAUGUCCAAAAUGGUGUUCCUGGGACGCUAUGUUGAUGAUUCCUCGCAAAACCGUGUCACUGACAUCGAUGAUGAGGUCUUGAAGGAGCUUGCCGAUGAAGAUCACACCGGCACCUUCCAUAUGAUUGUCAAGCAAGACUGACCCUACUUGUACCUACUAAUAUUAGUAUGAACUACGACUUACAACUGCUACUGUUAGCUCUUAAUUAGUACUAGUACCUCCUUAGGAGGAGGUGAUGGCCUGAUAUAAAAUGUACUGCUACCAUCAGGUAUCAGGCACCUCAACCUUCAACUUCAACUAAGUGCACUUCUCCUCCACAGAACCAAAA